AUGUUGCGGACUGCUGUGCCUCGGCUCGGGUGGCUCUCUGGCGGCUGUGCUCGCAGACAGAGCCGGUCUGGAGUCUCGGCUCUGGUUCUGGGGAUCGAGACGAGCUGUGAUGAGACCGGGGCGGCGGUUAUGGACGCGGACGGCAGGGUCCUGGGGGAAUCUCUGCACUCACAGAAAGACGUGCAUCUCAGGAGCGGGGGUAUCAUCCCCGCGGUGGCGCAGCAGUUGCACCGGCUGCACGUGGAGCGUGUGGUGAGCGAGGCCCUGGGUGUGAGCGGAGUGUCCCCGCAGCAGCUGUCUGCCGUGGCCUCCACCGUGAGGCCCGGUCUGGCCCUGAGUCUGGGGGUCGGUCUAGACUUCAGCCGGAGGUUCGUCAGGCUGCACCGGACGCCCUUCAUCCCCGUCCACCACAUGGAGGCCCACGCUCUGACCGUGAGGAUGCUGGACCAUGUGGACUUCCCCUUCCUGGUUCUGCUGAUCUCUGGAGGUCACGCUCUGUUGGCGGUUGCCAGAGCCGUGGACGACUUUCUGCUUCUGGGUCAGACCCUGGACGAGGCGCCCGGAGACACACUGGACAAGGUCGCACGGCGCCUGUCUCUGCUGCAGCACCCUCUGUGCUCCCUCAGCGGGGGACAGGUCCUCAGCGGGGGACAGGCCCUCGAGGUCCUGGCUCGGACCGGGGACAGGACCAGGUUCCGCUUCAGGACCCCCAUGGGACAAUCCCUCGACUGUAACUUCUCCUUCGCUGGUUUCAGGAACCAGGUGAACAUGACCAUCAAGAAGCAAGAGCUGGAGGAGGGUGUGGGUCCCGGCGCGCUGCUGUCAUGUGUGUGUGACGUGGCGGCCGCGGUGCAGCACACGGUGGCAGCACAUCUGUCCAAACGCACUCACCGCGCUGUGCUCUUCUGCAAACUGCACCGUCUGCUGCCGGACCAUAACCCUGCACUGUAUGCAGACAAGCAAAUGCGGCGACACGUACAGACUCGCCCACAUCUUCCAAGACCGCUAAAGACCAAACGCUACACCCGCCACGAACAACAGAAAUGUCUGCGCCGCAAGACUCAUUACAUCGCGGCUCUAAGCCUGGCGGAAGUACGCGUCGCACAACAAACAGCUCCCCAGCCAACAAGCCACUGCUGCAUCACGACUCGCGGAAACGCACAACUACUCUGA